UCCUCGAGCAUGCGUCCUGUCAGAUUCGCGCAAAACCAAGAUAAGGGAUAGAGGCACAGGGAACUGAUAAAGCACAGCGUAUAAUGUAUGAGGUCAACGAGGUACCGCUUGUAUGGAUACACCUCAAAGAUGGCGUAAGGCUCGCUGCAACCCUUUGGAUGCCAUUAGUAAGAGAUGGAAGCGAGUGCUCUAAGUUUCCAGCUUUACUUGAAUUUCUGCCCUACAAUCGACUGGACUGGACUAAAAUUCGUGAUAACCUGCACUACCCAAAGCUAGCAGCACAUGGUUUUGUGGGGGUGAGAGUGGACAUGCGUGGCUCUGGAGACUCUGACGGGUUGUAUUUUGAUGAGUAUGUGCGCCAAGAGCAAGAAGACUGCUGUGAAGUAAUAGAAUGGAUCGGUAGACAAGAAUGGAGUGAUGGAUCUGUUGGAAUGUUGGGCAAGAGUUGGGGAGGAUUCAAUGCUUUGCAAGUUGCUGCACUCCAGCCUCCUGCCUUAAAAGCCAUUAUCUCAGUCUACUCCAGUGACGACCGAUAUGCUGAUGAUAUUCAUUAUCUUGGUGGCUGUGUUAUGGGCAAUAGUGGACUGGCCUGGGCAUCCAUAAUGGCUCUGUGGAAUGCUAGACCCCCAGAUCCACUCUCUGUUGGAAAAAGGUGGAAAGAAAUGUGGAAGCAUCGUCUUCACCACUCUAGCCACCCAUGGAUGAACACCUGGCUUUCGCACCAGACUCGUGAUGACUACUGGAAGCAUGCAUCCAUUUGUGAAGACUUCUCCCAGAUCAAGUGCCCAGUGCUCUUGAUUGGGGGGUGGGCCGAUCUGUACACUAAUCCUGUCUUCCGCAUGGCCGAGAGCUUAACCUGCCCCUUGAAGGCCAUUGUUGGCCCUUGGAGCCACUGCUGGCCCGGCCAUGAUGUCACACCUGGACCUGCUAUCGACCAUCUGGAGGUAUUUCGUCAGUGGUUUGAUUGUCAUCUCAAAGGAAAGACCAAUGGUGCUAUGCAACAGCCUAAUCUUAGGAUAUAUAUGAAGCAAGGAGUGAAAAUGCCCCAGAAUCUUUCUGACGUGAAAGACUGGCCCGGUGAAUGGAUCUGUGAAGAGCAGUGGCCGUCCACAAACAAUGUCUGUCACCUCUACUCCUUAUGCCAAAAAUCAGAGAAACUUGUACAGACAACAAGUACACAGGAAUCGCGGGAUCCCUCCCAAAGGACCCGCAGCAUUCAAAGUGAUCCCGCGUGUGGAAUUAAUGGUGGCUAUAACAUGGCUUCAAGUUCUUUAGACAUGCCAACUGACCAAUCACAUGACGACGGACUCUCCCUCCGUUGGGAUUCCUGUGCACUCGAGCAUGAUGUCUCUGUGCUUGGUUUCCCUGAGGUGGAGUUCGAGUUGAGUAGUGAUCAACCCCAAGCGCAGAUUGCUGUUCGCUUGUGUGAUGUCUUUCCUGAUGGAAGUUCAACGCUCAUUUCAAGAGGUAUUCUCAAUCUGACUCACCGAGAAGGUCAUGGACCCGAAUCCGUCAAGGACCUAGAACCUGGAAAACUGUACACCAUCAAAGUCCAGCUCGACGCAACUGGUUAUGUGGUACAGCAAGGCAACACCUUGCGCCUGGCAGUAUCCCCCUCAUACUUCCCCGUGGUUUGGCCCUCUCCGACCCCCACCACCCUCAACAUACAUUAUGGGGUUCUGCGUCUUCCGGUUCGAGAAGCCAGCUGCGAAUCAAGGAAGGUGGAUUACAGUCCUCUUCCUUUGUGUGAUGGGGUGGAAGACGCAAGGGUGACCGUGCUGACAGCUGGACACUCUGAGAGGGCUAUAGAGUUCGAUGACGAGAGUAAGUUACCAAAGUUUACAGUGAUCGAAAACUCCGGCCAAGUUUACUUCCACGACACAGGCACGCUUAGAGAGGAGACUAGUACCGAAAUCCAUACGAUGAGUCGUGCAACAUCUGGCCGAAAUCCUGAGCCCACGAUCACCAUCACAAAACAGCUGAAGUUGAGAAAACUGAAAAGCCCAGAUAGCAAGAAUUAUCAAGCGUUGCUCUUUGAUCGUAAGUAUAUCGAUGGUACCGACAAUGCCAACAGAAUAAACGAACAAGAAUUCUUGGAAUGGAACAUACGCAUUACCCACGAAAGCAAAAUGUGGAGCGACGAGACAGAUUUCUAUGUGCGCAACAAGCUGGAGUGCUACCAUUGGAACGAGCAUGUAUUUAACCAAACUUGGUUGAAAACCGUGAAGAGACCAUGUUUGAAAUGAUGGUUAUGGUAAUUAUUUUACUUCUUUAUAUGAAAUUUUGCAUCAUUUUAAAUUUGCGAUUGUCAAAACGAUGCAAAAAUCUUUAUAAUGUUGAUGCUGACGAAAAUGGUGCGUCUUAAUGAUAACGAUCUGAUGAU